GGCGCUGCGGACCGGGAGGCCGGCCCGGCGGCUGCGGCGUGCUGAGAGGCCGGCGUGGAGACCAUGCCGACCCGGCGCGGCUGCUCCGGGCCUUGCCACUUCCUGGCCUCGGCUUUCGUGCUGCUGUUGCUGCCCGCGCUGAACCAGUCCGUGGUGCUACCGUCGACUGUGCCCAGGGCGGUGCAGGAGUCCAAGCCUCUCGAACCCGGGCCGCGUACGUUGUCGCCGCUGCCUCCCGGACCCACCGCGGCCCAGCCGCGAGGCCAAGCUCAGUCUGAAGGCGCCGGGCCGCGAGGCGCGGAGAGCCGCAAUGGCAGCAUUCCCGGGGCGGCGUCCGAGGCGGACGGUCCUGAAGGGAAGGCCGGAGAAAGCUCUCUGGGUGGCAGCCUGGCCGUGAGUCCCAAUCCUAGCGACAAGCCCAUGACCCAAAGGGCCCUGACCGUGUUGGUGGUGGUGAGCGCCGCGGUGCUGGUGUACUUCGUGGUCAGGACCGUCAGGAUGAGAAGAAGAAACCGCAAAACUAGGAGGUACGGUGUUUUGGAUACUAACAUAGAAAACAUGGAAUUGACACCUUUAGAACAAGACGAUGAGGAUGAUGACAAUACAUUGUUUGAUGCCAAUCAUCCUAGAAGAUGAGCAUGUGCCUUUACUGAGAAGACUUCAUAUUUCUAUUGAGGAACUGAGCUUUUAUGUCUAAGGAAUAAGAAGCCACUCCAUCAAGGGGAGAGGAAUUUAAGUUACAUAUAUUAUGUCAAUCUUUAAUUUGUUGCUACUCAAUAAAUAUUGUAUCAUUUUGUUAUAACUUUGUAUAUUUGGAACUGCUGUAUUUAUUAGUGGGCUCCAUGUUGUUAGGGACAAACUAUACUUUAUUGGAUUUUCUGUUUGAAAAUUCUUUUUUAAAAUGACUUCUGCAGCGCGUUUGACCCUUCCUUUUACCGUAUUAUUGUAACUUUGUUUUCUUUAAGUAUUAAUCAGUUGCUGUUGCUUUUUUUUUUGUCAGUGUCAUAAUUGAAAGACCUCUAGGCCACAACCAACUGGUAUGAAAUAAAUAAAAUUCUACUAAGACUUUUUCCGUUUUUGAGGGGAAAAAGCCAAAUCUAUUAUGUUGUUUUUCAGUUUGUAAAUAGUAAUAAUUGUCUGUACUAACCUAUGAAAAAGAAUAAAUAUAAUUUAAAAUUAA